AUGUCCCGCGAAAAAUUCUUGGAGUCUUCGCCGUCGAAGUACAUGGACCUCAACUUCCAGGACCAGCCACCAGCAGACCAACCAUUGUAUCCAAACAUUGCCUACUUCCAGCCACCUCAACAACCCUCACAGCCACCCCAACUGUCCACGGGAUGGACACCGAUUAUAGGGCGCACCUCGUACCAGACCUUUCCCUCGAAUUUUGCCCAUGACGGCUUCGGGAUGUUGCCUUUGACGCCGAGCGCGCCGUCUGCCGGCUUCAACCGCGCGAGUUUUGAGUUUGACAUAAACGACAUGCCGUUCAUGAACUCCGCCACACCGUUCCGCGACCGUUCCUUUCACAUCAAUGACUUCAUGUUCGACUCGCCGGUCGUGCACACUGGCCUGAACUCGGCCGUCAAGGGCGGCUCCUGGUUCAAGGAAAACAUGCCCCCAGCUUCGCACCAGAAGCGCUCUAUCACCGCGUUGGACACCCCUCCCAGACAAAGCAACAAGGCGAUUCAUAAAGCGUUAAAGUCGCCCUUUGGUGAUCCGGACUUUUCCACGCCGCUGAAGAGCAACUUGAACCGCGUUUUGAAGGCGGAAAUCGAGAGUGUUAGGACUCCAUUGGCCAAUAAAACAACGAAUACCCUCCCCACGGGGCAAACCACUUUUGCCACUCCUGCCAGGCCCAUUGAGCAGUCCUCGCCCUCCACGAUCAUUAUUGCCAGCGCCAAAACCGACAAAAAGACCUACACACUCCCCACCAGUCCCACCCCAGCCCAUCCUUCCAAGUACCAAAACUAUCCUGCCAACGCGAGAGCACCGGUCAUGGGUACCUUCUCAGGACCGGAUCUCAAGUUGAAAAAGGAAGACAGUUUGGCCAACACCUUGCGAAGGGCUUCAGUCCAUAGCAAGCACGUGGACCCGCCCCAACCGGCGACUCUGGGCUCCCGACCGGCCUCCAUGCAAUCGGGCAUGAGCAAAUUCCAGAUCAUUUUUACCGACGUCAAGUCUUUGCUACAGCCAAAGGGGAAGGGCCGCAAGGGCAAGGACUCUAAGAAGAAGUUGGCCAGGGCAAAUACUGUGAGUGGGCUGCGUAAGCCUGACGCCCCGCCGCCUGUGGCGAUGACUGGGACGUUCCAGGCGAACGAAAGUAAGGGUCUAGCCCGCUCUUUGUCUGCCCCGACGGUGAAAGGCAAAGGUGUGCCUCCCCAACCCAUCAUCACGCCCCAGAAGGCUCACCACUCCAGACACAACACCUCUACCUCCACCUCUUCGGUUUCCUCUGUAGCGAUGUCUGCGCACUCCUACUCGGCAGGUAACUCGUCAUCCGUUUCCAGAAGGGGCAAGAGUACCGGGAUUACGCCCAUCAUGCAAAACUCCAUGUCCUUCAGCGCGCUGCAUCUCCACGAAACACCGUCGUUGAGCCGCUCCGGGGCUCCAGUCCCGCACCCCCAGUUUCAUUGCACGAAUAACUCUGCUGGAAACGUGCUGUAUGGGCAUAUCUCGAACCUGUCUAUUGAGUACGAAAAUGAUAUCGAUUCCCCGCGGACGAAGGAGCUAAUGACCAAAAUGAACAAGCAAAAGGUGACUAGGCGAGCGAACACCGACGGGCCUCCAGACCAGGUGUAUAUUCCCGAGGGACAAGGUGUGCAGGUUCAACAAGCUAAGACUGCAUUACACUUGUACUCCGAAACCACCCUGUUCAACGUGCUACAGUUUGAAAAUUUCCUCGGAAUUCAGCCGGACACCGCUAGCAAUGGCCACGAUUUGCCACGCCUUGCCACCCCUGUGGAAAAGGUGGAGGAUGAGGAGGAACACAUACGCAAGACUUUUUUGAUGAGCAGUGGUAUCAAGAGCGGAGAGUGGCAGGAUAUGCUUCCCGAGGGAAUGUGA